AUGGCGACGGCACAGGCAGCAGCGGCGACACGCACGCACCUUACGCUCAAGGGAUCCACGGCGCUCGUGCACGAGUUCUUCAACUACUCGGUGCAGUCCAUCCUGUACCAGCGCAACAUUUAUGCGCCGGACGACUUCAAGACGGUGAAAAAGUACGGCCUGCAAAUGCUUGUCACCACCGAUGACGGACUGGCAGAGUACCUCGAUACAGCCAUGGCGCAACUCAAAGUGUGGUUGGAGAGGGGCGAUGUUACGCGGUUGGUGGUGGUGAUUGUCGAAAAGGACUCGGGGGAGACGAGGGAGCGAUGGCAGUUCGACGUCGAAGUCAUCAAUCAACCCAUCCCCGAAUCGAACGAGGGAGAAAAGGGUGUGGGGGUAAAGAAGACGGACGCUCAGGUGAGGGCGGAAAUCGCCGCGCUGAUCAAACAAAUCACCGCCAGCUGCACCUUUCUACCCGUGCUCGACGAGCCAUGUGCAUUUCAAAUCCUCGCCUACACAAACAAGGACACCGAAGCACCCGCCGACUGGAUCGACUCGGACGCCCGCUUGAUAGCAGAGGGCCAGGCCGAACAAGUCCGCCUACGCAGCUUCAGCACCCACGUCCACCGUGUAGACGCAAUGGUCGCCUACCGCAGAGAAGAAGAUGACGAUUAA